AUGUUUUUAUGGAUAAUAUUAGCUUCACUUCUUGUAACUGGCUUGGUAGUUGGAUGUGUUUUCCUCGCAUGGAAGCUGUACCAAUGUUGGAGGAAGAAGCAUAAUAGAGUCUCUGGCGAGGACGAUAGUUCUUAUAGUACUAGUAGUUCGUCAGAUACUGCUGUUAGAAGGUCUGAUUAUCCAGUUCGACAAUAUGUAUCAUAUCAGAAUGAACAACGCUAUUAUCAAGUUAACCAAGAAAUACUUUUAAGAAAUGCUCUAGAUCAAUUUCAACAAGAGCAGGAAAGAGAAAUAUAUACAAUUGCAAAAGAGUUAUAUGAAUAUCAAAAAAUAAUUCAAAAUGAUGAACUUCAAGAAAUACUUUUCCUAUCAGUUAUUUUUCUCGAAAAUAUUAAUGAGAUUCAAAGUAGCUUCAAUGGUAUGAAGAUGUUAGAAGAUUUUCGUGAUUUAUUACGGAAUGUUCGAGAUGAAAUUCGUAGUGCAUUAAAUACACGUCGCACCAUUCGGGUUGCUAUUCUUCAACGUAAUGGAAACGAAAUUCGAGGAAUGGUUGCGCAAUUUCAGGCAUAA